UCUUCAGUUGUCCCGGUCUGGCUUUGUUCUGGUCUUGCUUGGUCCUGUUUUUGGGUUCAGCUGAGACCCGAGAAGGUCCAUGCAGCGCUACCGCCAAUAUGGCGCCUCCUACUCCCCCUCCUCCUCCUCCUCCUCGCACUCCUCGGCUCCUGUAGAGGAGGUCCAGGCUGAGGAGGAGGUGUACACUGAAGAGGAGGUGUAUGAAGACGAGGAGCCGCUGAUAGAGGAGGGAGUGCAGGAUGUGGUCCAGGAGACAGGAGAUGCUAAUGAGGAGGAGGUCUCACAGACGAAGGAGGAAGUAACACCUGCUGUCUCUGCGACAGAGGCGAAGACGCCGCCAGUGGAAAGCAAGAAUGGAAAGAGGACAGAAGGAAGAGGAGGAGGAGGAGGAGGGGAUGCAGGAGGAGGAGGUCCUAAAUACUCCAUGUUCACCUGGUUUGUGGUGCUGGCUCUGCUGGGAGUGUGGAGCUCGGUGGCCGUGGUCUACUUCGACAUCGUGGACUACGACAGCGUCAUCGCCAGAGCUAAGGAGUUUCAUAUGAACUUUUCUGAAGUUUUACAAGGUAAACUGACGGCCUACGACACCGAUGGAGACGGAGACUUCGAUGUGGAGGAUGCUAAAGUUCUGCUCGGGCUGAAAGAGGCAGAAAAACCAGCUGUGGCAGAUUCACCUGAGGAGAAAACAGCUGAAGAACGCAGCGAGCCAGUGGCUGAAACGGCCGAUCAACGAGCUGCAGAUCCCACAGAGACAACGUCACCUGAAGCCCCGACUGAAGACGCUGAGUCAGAACCAGAGAGUGACCCUCAACCUGCCCGAGAUGAUGAAGUCUCUGGAUCUCAGGACGUGGAGUCUGAAAUCCAAGCUGCCGUCCCGCUCCCUCCUCCGGUGGAAGACGACUUCGUACCAGAUGAUCCUCGGGACAGUGCACAUCCAUAUGAGGAGGAAAGCAACACGAUCGACACCACAGGAGUUUUGGUCGAGGAGCCGCCGGCGGAGGAGAGUGUCGUGGAGUCUGCACGGCAUCUGACCAGCUCCAAACUCUCACAGGAAGCAGAACCAGUUGUGGAAGCAGAGAACCAGUCUGAACCAGAACCACAGAGUGAGACGCCCAAAGAGGCAGAGAGCGUCCCAGAGGCCGAGGGAACAACAGAGAAACAAGCCGAGGACAGGCUGAAAGAAAAAGCAAAGAAGAAGAAACUGAAACUGUUGAAUAAGUUCGAUAAAACCAUCAAAGCAGAGAUCGAUGCAGCAGAGAAGCUUCGCAAGAAGGGUAAGGUGGAGGAGGCGUUAAGAGCCUUCGAGACUCUGGUGCAGCAGUAUCCACAGAGCCCCCGCGCUCGCUACGGAAAGGCCCAGGUGGAGGACGACCUGGCUGAGAAGCUGCGUAGUAACGACAUGCUGCAGAGAGCCAUCAACAGCUACAGAGAGGCGGCCGAGCUUCCUGACGCAACCUCUGACCUCCUGAAAGCUGCGCUGAAGAGACGAGCCGAGAGACAGCAGUUCCUGGGUCGGAUGCGAGGGUCUCUGGCGACUCUGGAGAGGUUGGUUCAGAUCUUUCCAGAAGACGUCAGUCUGAAGAACGACCUGGGCGUCGCCCACCUGUUACUAGGAGACAACAAGGGCGCCAAGAAGGUGUAUGAAGAGGUUCUGGCGGUUGCCCCCGGCAACGGCUUCGCUAAAGUUCACUAUGGUUUCAUCCUGAAGUCAGAGAACAAGAUUGCAGAGAGUAUACCAUUCCUGAAGGAGGGUCUGGAGUCAGGUGAACCAGGGACGGAUGACGGGCGUUUUUAUUUCCACCUGGGAGACGCUCUGCAGAGGGUCGGAGACAACAGCGCGUAUCACUGGUAUGAGCUGGGUCACAAACGAGGACACUUCGCCUCGGUGUGGCAGAGAUCUCUGUACAACGUGGACGGACUGAAGGCUCAGCCAUGGUGGACGCCUAAAGAGACCGGAUACACCGACCUGGUCAAGACGUUGGAGAGGAACUGGAAGACGAUCAGGGACGAGGCUCUGGCGGUAAUGGACCAAAACACGGGACUGUUCAUACCUGAGGAGGAAAACCUGAGAGAGAAAGGAGAGUGGGGCCAAUACACACUGUGGCAACAAGGGAGGAAAGUUGCAAACUCGUGUCAGGGCGUCCCGAAGACCUGCUCUCUGCUGGACAGAUAUCCUGAAGCUACAGGCUGCAAGAGAGGACAGAUUAAGUUCUCAGUCAUGCAGCCAGGUACUCACGUGUGGCCUCACACUGGCCCCACUAACUGCAGACUGAGGAUGCACCUCGGCCUCGUCAUCCCCAAACAGGGCUGCAGGAUCCGCUGCACCGACCAGAUCAGGGAGUGGGAGGAAGGUAAAGUCCUCAUCUUCGACGACUCCUUCGAGCACGAGGUUUGGCAGGACGCCGACAGUUACCGCCUCAUCUUCAUCGUGGACGUGUGGCACCCGGAGCUGACGCAGUACCAGCGCCAGACUCUGAGCCCGAUCUAGACCGGGAGGACCGAGGAGCAGGAAACAGACGGACGGAUGUGGACUGCGACCCUGGUAAGAGUCUUGAAGGAUUCUUCCUCUGUGGAUAAAAAACUGUUAAAAACACUGACGGCCUGAAUCUGAGAGGGAGCGGAGACGUUUGACCGACGAACUGACGGGAUUUUUUUUUUGUGGAUAAACUACUAAAACUGCAGAAGACUGUCGGAGGACUGAAGGAUCUUAAUUUGAAAAAAAAAAAAAA